AGCCUCACCACGCGGCCUGCUCGGCCCUGCAGCACUGCUGGCCUCAUGGCCUCGGCCUCUUCGGGCCGCGGGCCCAGGUCCCUGCUGCAGUUCCUGCGACUCGUGGGGCAGCUCAAGAGGGUCCCACGGACUGGCUGGAUAUACAGAAAUGUUGAGCAGCCAGAGAGUGUAUCAGAUCACAUGUACCGGAUGGCAGUUAUGGCCAUGGUGACCAAAGAUGACCAUCUUAACAAAGGCAGAUGUGUGCGCCUAGCCCUGGUUCACGAUAUGGCAGAAUGCAUCGUUGGGGACAUAGCGCCAGCAGAUAACGUCCCCAAAGAAGAAAAACAUAGGCGAGAAGAGGAAGCUAUGAAGCAGAUAACUCAGCUCCUACCAGAGGACCUCAGAAAGGAGUUCUAUGAACUUUGGGAAGAGUAUGAGACCCAAUCUACUGCAGAAGCCAAAUUUGUGAAGCAGCUGGACCAAUUUGAGAUGAUUCUUCAGGCAUCUGAAUAUGAAGACCUGGAGAACAAACCCGGGAGACUGCAAGACUUCUACGACUCCACAGCAGGAAAAUUCAGUCACCCUGAGAUUGUCCAGCUUGUUUCUGAACUUGAAGCGGAAAGAAAUGCUAACAUAGCCGCAGCUGCCAAUGAGCCGUGCUCCUGAGAUGCUGUCUGCGUUGCUGCACUCCUGUAACAAACAUUUUAUUUUUAUGUUUCAUGGCAUUGCCAUUGUGGUCUGUUGUUUUCCCUAGAUGUGUCUGCUUAUUUUUAACUGGACUUCAGCAAGAAAUGUGAUGUAAUUUGGGCACUAAAAGAAGCCAUGGAACAGGAAGUGGCCAUGAAAAUGCCAUGGACGAAGACUGGAGGGGGAGUGCCUUUUUUAUGAACUAAAUAAACAUUAAACACCUAAAA